GUACAUGUCUACGUGUAGUUGAUCCAUCAAUAAAACUGAUCCAAUCAACUAUAGCGGACGCUAUGAGCUGUUUGACGCCAUUUAUCGUUGUUACACUUCUGUGUACAUGCAUUUUCCAAAGCACAGGUGCUUUGCGAACACUACAAUGCUCGGAACAAACGGCACCUGCAGUCGCUUUCUACGCCUAUUUUUCACACAACUUUAGGGCUCUUUCAGCGAGAACAACUUUUGUAUUUGAUGCCGUUGAGACCAAUAUCGGAAAAGGAUAUAACAGACACACUGGGAUAUUCACCGCCCCAUCUUCUGGUGUGUUUGCAUUCUCGUGGACCAUACACGCCGCAGGAUUCCAUGUAGCUGGUUCCUCCGGUGGUUUUGGUGAAACAGCAGCGGUAAUAGUUCAGAAUGGAGUAACGAAGGGGUCUAUAUAUGCAGAUACUGAAAAGAAAUAUGAUGAUGCUGCUUCCACGGGUUUUGUUAUUUUGAAUGUUAAAAAGUGGGAUCGGAUACAUAUCGUUUGUCCUCAUCACGGCCAGGGAUCAUUUUUCAGUACAAAUGUACAGGGAAGAACUUCGUUUGCGGGAUAUCGUAUAGCAUAAGACUCAUCUGAAACAUCAUGAUGUUCCAAUAAAAUAAGCAUAAAUGAU